AUGAGGGUACAGAAGUUUUCGAUUCGCAGGGAUAAAACAGUAAGAUUCCCACUUUCUGUUAUUCAAUCGGUACAGUACGUCCAAUCCGACUUUAAUCCUUUUUCUGGAUCGAUUUCGACAGGGAAUUGGACUUCUCCCCACACAUUCCAGAUGAUCACAAAACCAGUCGCUAUUGAUAUCUUUGUCCAGCACUUAGGAGUAUCUAUAGACAAAACGACAGGAUGUCUAUUGUACUUUGGAAGGCUUAGUCUGGUUGACUGCUUCAUCGUCGAUUUGUCGCAGUUCAAAAGCAAUAAUGGAGGAGAACAGUCGCUGUCAUUAACAGGGACUCAACUGGGAACGCAACUACAACUUACCCUUAGCAUUCAAUGCAUAAAUGGAAUGAUGGGCGAUAUGUGCGACAUGAGUUGCUCUACAGCGGCAACAGCGAACAACUUUGUUAUUUGCACGAAUAACCGUACUGGGGAGCACUUUAAUUGUACAUAUAAUAGUUACAAUGCUCAGGUGUCGCAGUGUGCACUUUGCGCGACAGGUAGCACUGCUUUCAAUGGCACUUGCGUGGUACCAAUAAAGGAGGUAUAUCUGGGGGUAUCGAAGGCGUUCCGUAUAUGGACGAUAGUGCUUGGAUGUUUGUUGGGAAUAGCUGUCCUCCUACUUCUUUGUCUCAUAAUCACCUACAUUAUAGUAAAAAAUCGAGAACGCUACGAUGAGCGUCUAUACAACACCAGCAAUGUGUAUACUAACGGACAAGCUGGUCGACGUCUUUUAGAAGAAGAGAAAGUUUCGAAAAUCGCGAGUGUGAAAGGACGAGAACGUUAUGAUGACGGUUCUGCGUACAGAACUAGCAAGACUACGGGGGUUUCUGGCGUUUACGCUAACGGACAGGCUGGUCGUCACCUCUUCGAAGAAGAGGAUAUUACCAAGUCAGCGAGUGUGAAGGGUAGAGAAUGCUAUGAUCAGGGUUCUACGUACAGAACUAGCCGGACUACGGGCGUUUCUGGUGUGUAUACUGACGGACAAGCUGGUCGUCACCUUCUUGAAGAAGAAGACAUUACCAAGUCUGCAAGUGUAAAAAGUCGAGGACGAUAUGACGAGGGUUCUGCGAACAGGACUAGAAAAGCUACUGAUGUUUAUACCAACGGCCAUGCUGUUCGACCUCUCAUACAAGAAGAGGAGUGGACUACGAUAACGAGAAGGCCUAUAACUACAGAACUUGAGAGCAGUUACAUACGUACUGGAGUUAUAACGACGACGACGACAUCAAGGCAAGAACAUCAGGUCUAA